AUGCCGCCUGGUGGGAGUACUGUAGGUCCCUUCACCCCGGACGUUUUUUACGAGUAUGAGCCGCAUGCUCUGUCACGAGAAGAAAUAGAUAAUCGGCGGAUCCAGCAGAACACAUUUCGACUUUUCCAAGAGACACUAGAGCAGGUCCGGGCGUUGGCGGAACAGAUACAAGAGGGAAUUGAGCAAACCGCACGGAUUCAGGAAGAGCAUAGGAGGAUUCAGAAGGCGAUGAGACGGCAAAAAAGAUUGAAUCGGAAACGAGCACGUCAGAUGGAGGAGCAAGAUGAGCAACGCCGAUUGGUCAUUAAAAUGUUCUUCUCCUGCAGAGAACGCCGUCAAGCCUUCCCGGACCUUGCUCGCCAAUAUUUCCAAAGCAUCAGCUAA